CUGGGGAAUCCAUAGUGCCACCACCCCUAGGUGACCACAAGAGGAGGUGACAUCACAACAUCCUGUCUCCAAAGGGGAACUGGCAGCAGUUGUCCUGCUACUCCUUGUCCCCACUGCAGUCUUGCUGUCUCCAGGCUGCUCCUGCCUCAUGCAACAAUGGCGCUGGCCCUCAUCCUGGGUUGGUGUCUGGUGGCAGCCAGCAGGGCACAGCACCUGCCCCGACCCUCCCUCUCACUGCACCCCAGCCAGGGGGUGUCCCUGGGGGACAAUGUCACCCUGCGGUGCCACCUGCCCAGCCCUGCUGCCCGGGUCAUGCUCUACCAGAACAGACAAUGGAGAACCAAGAAGGAGAAGGAGAAGCGGAAGACCACAGUGGAGUUCUCCUUUCUUAACACAAAGAGGACAGACAUGGGGGUGUAUCGGUGCCAAUAUCGGGUGUUGGAUCCACCUGGAACAUCAGAGCAGAGUGACCCCGUGGAACUGUUGGUGACAGAUCACACUUUCCCCCCACCUGGCAUUUCCCUGAGCCCUGACGAACACGUGAGAACUGGGACCAAUGUCACCAUCCAGUGCUGGAACCAGGGU